AUAUUGAUAUCAGGAUAGCAAACACUAAUGUCAAGACAGAAGAUACUGAUAUCAAGAUGGAAGAUAUUGAGAUUGAAACGGAAGGCACUUGUAUAGAGUGUAAGUCUGUUAAAGCUUAUAAAUAUAUACAGAGUGCAGUAUUUUGUUUCUGUGAACACGAAAAGGCUCCUAAUUCUUAUAAAAACUUAUCAGAAGGUGUAAAUAGAAUAUGCGGGUAG